CCGGCCGCAGCUGCUGUUGUCCCGGGCAGAAGGAGCCUGGGUUUAGCCGCAGGUACCGGCUCUGCGCGGGAGCGGCUCAGCCAGGGUUUAUGGCAGCGGCGCAGGGGGUUCGCGGGUGUCUCCUGCGGGGGCCCCUGCGUGCCCGGUCGGGCAGGAGCUGCAGCUCCGGGGCUCCUGUGCGGCAGCAGCAGCAGCAGCAGCAAGCGCUAGUGGCUGCCCCCGUCCCGGCUCACGAAUUGCCAAGCACAAGAAGAAAAGGUUUCCUAACUGAACAUGCUGCCCCUUUCUCUGCUUUCCUAACUGACAGCUUUGGCCGUCGGCACAACUACCUGCGGAUCUCCCUGACUGAGAAAUGUAACCUCAGAUGUCAGUACUGUAUGCCGGAGGAGGGAGUUCAACUGACCCCUAAAUCAGAGCUGCUCACUACCCAGGAGAUAAUCACCCUUGCCAGGCUCUUUGUGAAGGAAGGUGUGGACAAGAUCCGAUUGACUGGUGGAGAACCACUCAUCCGACCUAACGUGGUUGAUAUUGUGGGUCAGCUGUACAAGCUAGAAGGGCUACAAACCAUUGCUGUCACAACCAACGGGAUCAACUUAGCUAGGCUGCUGCCACGGCUGAAGGAGGCGGGGCUGGAUGCCAUUAACAUCAGCUUGGAUACUCUGGUUCCGGCCAAAUUUGAAUUCAUCGUCCGGAGGAAAGGCUUUCAUAAGGUAAUGGAAGGAAUCAACAAAGCCGUUGAACUGGGGUACAAUCCUGUUAAGGUGAACUGUGUAGUGAUGAGAGGCCUCAAUGAGGAUGAGCUAUUGGACUUUGUGGUGCUCACGAAGAACCAGCCGCUUGACGUGCGGUUCAUUGAAUACAUGCCCUUCGACGGCAACAAGUGGAACUUCAAGAAGAUGGUGAGCUAUAAGGAGAUGCUGGAUACAGUCAGGCAGAGAUGGCCUGACUUGGAGAAGCUGCCCUGCGAGGCCUCCAGCACAGCCAAGGCUUACAAGGUACCAGAUUUUCAGGGGCAGAUCAGCUUUAUUACCUCCAUGUCAGAGCACUUCUGUGGAUCCUGCAAUCGGCUGAGGAUAACCGCAGAUGGGAACCUGAAGGUGUGCCUUUUUGGGAACUCAGAAGUGUCCUUGAGGGAUCACCUACGGUCCGGGGCUUCAGAGGACGAAUUGGUUCAAAUUAUAGGAGCAGCAGUGGGCAGAAAAAAGAAACAGCAUGCUGGCAUGUUUAACAUUUCCCAGAUGAAGAACCGGCCAAUGAUCCUGAUCGGUUCAAGAUGCCCCAAGACCUAUAUGAAAACAAGAUUGUCUCUGCACUGUUGCACCGUUAGUGUAGUGUCCAUUACAAGAUGGGCUGCAGCCGAGGCAGCAUUGAAGUCGACCCCACUACUGCAAGAUGCCGUGCAGAAUUCUCCAAGUUCAAAGCAAUGGGGCCACAGACCCGGCCACUGGCUAACGCCAAGAGCAAGUUUAUCCAAGCAAAUGGGAAAAGCAUUUAAGAAAAAUGUGUUUACAGGACAGCAUGCCUUGCCAGGAUCUCGCUCAGAGCAACAGCAGCUUGCAGCAGAAAUUCUGCAGGCUGAGGCGCACAGCGUUUGCAUCUUCCGAAAGAAUUUGAGCUCUAGCUCGGACACACAGUGCCUUAGGACAGGAAGUCCUUCCAUUCACCACACCAGCCACACAGCUGUGGACAGUCACUCAGGGACUGCGGCUGGAAACCAGUCAGAAGAAAAGGGCCCAGGAUCUCACUCCAAAGCCAUAGGUUCUGGCUUGUGUGUCAGUGAACGGGGUCCCUCCAGCAGCCUGACUCACAUUGACCAAGAGGGGCGGGCGGCCAUGGUAGAUGUUGGAAAGAAGCCUGAUUCUGAAAGGACUGCUGUUGCCAGUGCUGUGGUUCGCCUGGGUGAGAAGGCAUUUGGGAUGGUGCGGCAGAACCAGCUGAAGAAAGGAGAUGUGCUGGCAGUAGCCCAGAUCGCAGGGAUUCAGGGAGCCAAACUGACCAGCCAGCUGAUCCCCCUGUGCCACAACAUCCCUCUGAGCCAUGUGGUCGUCUCUCUGAGCCUGGACGAGAGCAGAUGGGCUGUGGUGAUCCAGGCGCUCUGCCACAGCCAGGGUAAGACAGGCGUGGAGAUGGAAGCGCUGACGGCCGCUAGCCUUGCUGCCCUGACUGUGUAUGACAUGUGCAAAGCAGUCACUCACGACAUAGUCAUCGAAGAGGUGAAGUUGGUGAGCAAGACGGGAGGGCAGAGGGGAGACUUCCAGCGAGGUUAGCACUUAGCAGGAGCAUCCCCAUGCGGGCACUGAGGGUGCUGGCUGCUUUGGUGCCAUAUCUGCAGUCAGGCUAAGGAAGCAGCAGCAGGUAUCCUAUAAAAGAAUGUGACUGAGUCUCUGACCGGCCAGGCCAUCUCACUGCUGUGUGCUCCUCAAUUCAACUCCCACUGGACAGAUCUCUGCCUGCAUACACCAUGAAACUUAGCACCCUUGCCAGUAACCUCAGCAGAGGGGCCAUGGGUCAAAACUGAGUCCCUUCAGCCCAGUGGUGCCAGGGAAGCUGCUCUUGCUGCUGUAACCCAUCCAGUGCUUAGUCAGGCACUCUUCAUGAGUACUGAAUUCACUUGGCAAAGGAACAAAAGGAGGAGGAGUUAAUUGUAUCUUUGAUCAAUGACUGUGGCUUGAGAAUUGCUCCUUUCUCCCCAAACUUAAACUAGGAAGAAACUUCAGAAGGAGACAAUGGGGAGUCAUUCUAGAGUCCUGGCCAUUGAGCAAAGAUUUUAAUAAUGGACAGAGGCCCAUCAGCUGGAAUUAUUCAGCUCAAAGUCACCUAGUCACACACCUCACAACUGCUUGGGUCCUAAAUGGGUCUAAUCAGUACCACAGCAAGGGGAUGGGAGCUUGUCCAUGAAUGGAAAAUUAGAUGUUGGUUGGUUGAUACCAAAUAGCCUAUGCCUAGUCCUGAUUUCACUGAGGGGCAUGAUGCUGAAUACAGAGGGCUACUGGGGUAGUGGGAACUGUAAUUUGCACGCCUUGAACUGCAUUGCUGUAGUUCACUCAUGCCUGCCAUUAUAACCAACUCAUUUGAUGUCCCUGCAUGCUCACAGGCGCAUUCUGAAUCACUCAGUCCAUCAAAGCCACUUCCCACAAGGCAAUAGGCCUCCUUCCUUGCAGGGUCUUGAAGCGAUGGCCUGCAGAGGAACAUCAAAGCUUACUGUGUUACCCCCACUCCAGAGCAGCCAGCAGGAAGCAUGACCAAAACUGGGUAGCCAUGACAGGCUUCCCCAAAGAGCCAGUAUGGGCUAUCAAAUAAUUGACUCAGUUUAAACUACUUUGUAUGUUUUUGUACUCUAGCAUGUUUAUGGGCUGUACCUAAGGGCCUCAUUCUGCUCCUUAGAGAAGUCAGGGCCAGAACUCCUCAAAACAUUAGCAGAAUCAGGCCCUUAAUUUCUGGGACUUGAAAUCCAGCUGAGAUUUCCCCCUGAGCUCCAGCAGAUUCUGAUUUAUUUUUUUUAAUCCACCUGCCUGUCGUGACUGUUUGUAACCCCUGCUAAGGGCAUGUCAUGGGAUAACCUAGUCUGAUGCUUGCUUCUUCUAUAGACUUUGCAUCCAGCCAGCAGAGGAAGCCUGAGCUAACUCUUCCAUCAAUAAUGCUGCUGUUGCUGAACUCAGUGAUUCUUUUGGCAAACAGGGUUAUAAACAUCCCUUUGCUGUGUUGACUCUGCUCCAGGAAAGGGGAGGAAAUCCUUCAAUAUUUGUCAAAGCAACCCAGGAGAGGGGAAAUUGGAAUAGGCACUUAAAGUCUGAAAAAUCAGUCUUCUAAAAAUGAAGUCCUUGAUGUUGCAGAGUCUUAUGCUUUUUUGGUUGUUAAAGCCUGAACCUCUUGAGGCAUGUGGCUAGACAAGGACUUCUGCUUUUUUUAAAAAGGAAAGUUUCUCUGCCAUGAGGAGAACUAGGAAAACUUUGAACUUUGACCUUCAUUCAUCCUAAAAGCUCUAAGCCACUGGGCAAACAGAGAACCCUGGGCAAGGGGGCUGGCACAUGUAAUGCUUUUUAAACAUUUAGCGUUGGUUACACUCAGCACUUGAAACAGUCACCUUGCAAAGGAUGAUCUGCAAAAGCAGGAGUUAAUUUUGCAUGUUUAUUGGAGUGGAGGGGAAUAGACAGUAAAAUAUACUGAUUUGUCAGUCUAAAUUGAAAAACAAUUCUCCCUUUAGAAUCUUGAACUUAAGUUUUGAGAGUUUCUCCUGCUACAGUUGAGAUCAAACACCUACAGCAGAGCAGGGAUUCCAGCUCUCUCUGCCAUCUUAGAGGCUAGUGCCACCCUGUGCUAUGGCUGGAAAGAUGCACAGAAGUCCCUAAUUCAGAUCUUGGCAGACCAAAGCCUUUUUGCUUAUAAACCUUGUGUUUAAAAAUGAAAUCAUACAGUCCUGUGUGAGGAAUACUUCAACAGUAACAGGUUGUUUUAAAAACACCCUACCCUAAAUACUUUUAACCCCUCUUUAUUUUAACUUGCUCACCACUGCUGUAUUUUGGUUUUAAACAGUAACCUGAAAGCUUUACCUAAACCUCAAAGACCAGGAACCCCUAACUUUAAUUUAUGGUGUGCUCCUAUGGCUUAAGUUUCCUGUCCUUUAAAUACCAGUGCUGCCGCCCCCUUUGAUACACACAACAGAGGAAGUUUUAAAACCAGCUUUAUUAACCUUGCUUUCCUAUUAAACUAGAGCUUUCAAGUUACUUGAAAGAAUUCUUUCCUUUGCCUUAUGAUUGACGAUUAUUGUUGGUACAGUUUAUAUUGAUCAGACCUUUCAUUUUAAAGAUUAAUUAAAUUAGCACCUCUCUGAAUAUUCUACCUGAACACACCUUAAUGGUAGAUAAGUUACAUAGCUAUGAGAGAGAAGUGGUCACUGAUGAAUUGGGAGUCUAAGUACUUCAGGGGUAUGUCUACACUGCACCUGGGAGUGAGCCUCCCCAUGUGGCUCAACAGACUGGUGUUAGUGGGCUAAAAAUUGCUGUGUAGCCAUUGCAGCUCAGGUUGGAAUUUGGAGGCUCUAACCUGAGGUACAUUUGAGAGCCUGACCUCCAGUCCAAGUCGCAACAUCAAAGCGAUGUCCGCACAGCUAGUUUUAGUGCACUAGCAUGAGGCUGUAGACCUGGGCUAGGAUGCUUGUUCCCCAUGUAGCUAGACCCUUACAGGUUGCACUGGGUUUCAGCUACUGCGUGGGUGCUGAAUUCCUGGCUAGUUCCUUUCCUGCUUCUCUCGAGCCCACACGCCUACAUGAAGGGGAAAAGUCUUCCUUGUAGAGAACCACUGGCCAAUAUUAGCAACAAAGCUUCCUCGACCUGCACCGCAUCGCUUCCCGCAGUCCCCAGUGGCCUGGAACAGCAAACUGCGGCUAGUGGGAGAUGUCACCGGCCAAACCUGCGGCCGCUGCAGGUAAACAAACUGUCUCGGCCCACCAGUGGAUUUCCCUGAUGGGCUGUGUGCCAAAGGUUACCAAUCCCUGCCAUACAACAGGAAAGGCAUCGUUUAUCAAAAAGCGUUUCAGGUACUUAGUCUGUUUGGUUUUCUUACAGUUACUAUGAGAUGUGACUAAGAGCUCUUCUAUCCUGCACUGAGGCAAUGAAAAGAUACAAACACACUCUGAGUGCUCAAAUACUAUAAUUCUGCACACAAGGUCCUAUUAUCACAUCAGACCAUACUGAUUACUUGCCAUCAUGGCAGAGAAGCUCUGCUAGUUUAAGAAGAAUAUUGGUUAAUGCACAGAAGAUUCCCUCUGCAAUCCCUCUUGCAGAGCUGGGGGAGGAGGGGAGUCAGGCUUGGAAGCUAAGUUACCACACUUCAGCCCUGAUCCUCAAAAGAAUGUAGGCACCUAACUCCCACAGACAUCAGUAGCAGUUGGGUGCUGAAAUCCUAGGAGGAUCUCACCUUAGAUACCAUGGUGAUAGGCAACCUUAAAACCAAGUAGAGCGGUUUCUACAUGUCAGGACUGAAGCGAAUUGACUGAGCUAAAUAGGGAAAGGACACCUACCUGCACUCUGCCUUUGCCUAGCUUGCUGUAGGCAAGUUGACUCUUACUUUCAUAAGCACUUUUUAUCCACCUACAUUUACAUCUUUAAAAAAAAAAAAA